UAGUAAACAAAAAAUGCAAGUAUAAUAAAAAAAAAUUUUCAUUGCAAAAAAUAGAUCCGAAAUGCAUUAAAUAGUUGAAUUAGAACUAUAAUAAAAUAUUUUAUAACAAACAAAAGUGAAGUUGUUAAUAUAAACAAGGACUAGACAUUAAUUCCACAAAAGAUAACUCCCAAAAAUGUCUCAAAGUACUGCUGGUACUGGAGGCGUCAGUAGGCGUGAACUGAUAGACCACACAACAGUUGGGGUAGGUAUUAUUAAUAAUACCAUAACAGCUAGAUAUGGUGCUGGCGAUACAGAAUGGGAAGCCCGUGAGUCUCAGCGUCAAAGAGAAUUGGAAGAAGCACGGGCUAGAGCUGCACAAAUGGAAAAGACAAUGAAAUGGUGGUCAGAUUGCACUGCCAAUUGGCGGGAAAAAUGGAGCAAGGUGCGUAACGAACGUAAUAAAGCCAGAGAAGAAGCUAAACAGCUGAGAGCCAAUCUGGAGAUGUCCAUGAAAGAAGCAAACUCUUAUAAACGGGAGAAAAAUGAUCUUGAAAUGCAAAUAUCCCAACUUAAAAAAGAAAUGGAAAAAGUCCAUUCUCUAAUGAUGAAACAUGCUGGACAAUUUCACAAGACGGGAAUGGCGGAUACAGGGGAAGAAAAUGAAGCUAAUAGUAGAGAUGCUAAUUGUUCUCCUGACAUAUCCUCAGAUGGUUUAAAAAAUGUUAAUAGCGAGGAUGGUUUGGUUACUAAGGCAGCUGCUGGCGGUGAAAUUAAAGAUCUUGAUAUAGAAGAAUAUGUAUUAGCUGUACAUAAGAAUAUACCAGAUUUGGAUGAGGUUUCUGCUGAGGAAAAACGUUUAAUUCAACAAUUGUCAAAAGAUGACUUUGAUGAAGAUUAUUUAUUGCAAAAAAUAUCGAUGUUACAAUUACGCUUAGAUGAGGCGCAGAAAACCGUACAAGCAGAAAGAGAUGAAAAGCAUAUUCUACAUAAAAACAUUGAGAAGUUGUCAUUAGAAAUUCAGGAAGUUCGAGAACGUCAAGAAGAAAUGCGCUCAGCUAAACAGGAAGCUGUAAGAGAAUUAUUAACAUUACAAGAGUCUCAUCGCGCAGAAAUGCGCAUUAUAAACAAUUCGUUGCAAGAAGAAAUAGCUGCACGUGAAAAUCUCGAACGUCGCUUAAGUGAAUUGCGUACUGAAUUGGAACGUUUGCAAGCCGAAAAUGCCUCAGAAUGGGGUAAACGUGAACGUUUAGAAACGGAAAAAUUGGCUCUGGAACGCGAUAAUAAGAAAUUACGAACUGAACUCCGAGACUUCCAAGAACGUUCGGAUCGCAAAGGACGACCUAUGCAAGCAACGGAUGUUGAAAAUCGUGCUCUACAGCAGGAGUUGGCUGAUCGCAGUAAGGAAUUAAGCGAACUGAAAAUAUCACAUUCCAAAUUAAAAAAACUUUUAUCUGAAACCAAUACCGAGCUAGGUCAUGCAGUAAGACGUGCUGAACAAUAUGAAGCAGAGGUGAAGCGUUUACGACAACGUGUUGAAGAAUUAAAGCGAGAGCUGGCUGCAGCUGAAGAUGAAUUAGAUUCAGCAGUUAAUCAAGUGCGACGCUUACAACGUUCCAAUGACGAAUUGGUCGGUCAAAAUGAGGGAUUGCACGUUCAGAUACAACAUCUUCAAACCAGACUCCGUAAUUAUGGUUCAACUAGCUUACUGCUUGACGAAGAAACCGAAGGAAACAGUGAAUAAAGGGUUAUAAAACAUACAUUGGGACUUUACUAUGCUAUUUUAAGUAAAACGUACAUAUAAAUAAGUAUUAAAGAAAACAAUAUUAUUUUUUUUUUAUUAAACUUACUUACAUUACAGUUUAGUAUUAUUGUAUAAAUUAAAUAUAUAUCUAUUCAUACAAACUAUAUUCAUAGGCAAUGAAAUAUAUACAUUCAUUCUACAGAUAUUUAUUAUUACUAAACAAAUGUAACAUUGCAAAUUCAUUUUGAAAAUCUUCUAAUAAUUCCCAAAAAUUAAUCGUCAUUUUAAAAUAUCAAUAUUCACUGGUACGAAAAACUACACAUUUAUCUGUUUAUCAUUUUAAAAUUUGUAAUGUCUUAUUAAGAAAGCAGGUAUCAACCUGUUUAAUACUGGUAUCGUGCGAAAGAAUUUUUGAAUACACAUGUCGAUUAAUCGCAUCAACUUGUCUAUAUAAAAAUAAUUUGGUUAGCGAAAUUAUAAUAAAAUGUAUUAGAUUUCUGCCUCGAUACCGAAUGCCAUAAUCUCAAAUAUGAUAAUUAUGUACGUUAAAUUUUACAAAUAACUGUAAUUUAGCCCCAGGUUUUCGGUAUCGCUUCAUUUAUUUAUAUAUGUAUAUAUGUUGUAUUACGAUAUUUUUAAUACCGGUAUCGACUUAAAUGGUUUUUUUAAUUCUGCGAGUGUUUCAGUAUCGCUUUUAUAAUGGUAUUGCUAUUAAUAAUAAUUCGAUUGCCAACCUCAUAUCAAAUAUCUAACGAUUGAGAACAAACAAAUUGCUCCUUAUUUUUGGUGUACCUACUGGUGUCUAAAGUUAAUCAGAUUCGAUCAUUUUAAAAAGAUGAAUUAUUGACUUGAAACUUUAAAGAUUUGGCAAUUUCGUUUCUCAAAAAUCGGUAAAAUUGACGAUUGAGUGCCAAAAACUUCUGGCUGUCCAGUUUGUAUGUAUUGCAAUUGCUUGAGUUUGAUAUUAUACUGCCCAAUUUAAGAAAAUAUCAGAGUAAUAAACGUCACCGUUUUUAACCCUUGCGAACUUUCGCAUAAACACAACAACAAAUUUGUUUCUACUUCGCAAUGUAUGCGUGAUUGCAGUAGCAUGUGUGGAGGAUGUCGGAUGUUACACCCCAAAUUUUAGGAUGACUUUCCGUCGGUAUUCUUUCGCUAACGGUUAUUUCCAUCUUCCAGGUAGUAAACAAUUUCAGGUUACGCGCAAUGAAAAAAUCAUGAUUUUCCUUGAGAAUAACUGUUCACCAAACCACACAGAUCAUCAAUAUUGUGGUCCGUCCUACAGUCGUCUGAUAGUUUAGAAAGGUGGAAAUUAAACAUUAGAAGUGACCUCACCUCGCCCUUGUUUAAUUCUACGAUGUAUUGAUUUCAUGGCAUUGAAUUUGACGAAAAUAAUCAUUAUAGAGCUCUAACUAUGUAUCUCGUGAUCUGAUGGCAAUAACCUGGAAUACAAGAUACUCAACCUUACCGCGGUUGGCGUAUGUGGUUUCGUACUAGAUUAAAGAAACAAGUUACAUUUUAUCCUUAAUCUAGUACGAAACUGUCGUAGGCGUAAAAAACAUACGCCAACCGCAAGAAGGGUGAUUAUUCAUCAGAAGAAAGAGCUAUACACUGCACGUUGUGGUCGAUUAUGAACGGGAUGCCACCACCGUUUACUCUGGUGCGGUCUUUUUUGAGGCUUUUGAACACAUUGUGACUGUGCAGACUGGAAUUGUGGGUAACUUACGUAUCCUGAAUCUCAGCGAUCACGAUGUGGCUGAUUCUCAUGAAUGCAGUUAUCUCACAUAUCUUAUUCUGGAUGAUGUGAUAGUUGAUUGCUUCGCCGAGUGAACUCGGUUGUAGUGGAAAUACAAGGGUAAAAUCGGUGACAUGAAUUACUCUAUCAUAUUUUUUUAUGUUCUUCCUAUUUUGUUAUAUAAAACUAAGCACUAUUUUUUAUACAAUCUUUAUAAAUAAUAAAACAAUGAAAUUAUUUACGAAUAGUGAAGUAGAAAAAUGCUAACAUUUUGUUUAGAACUAUUAUAUUUUAUUGUCCAUAAUAUAUACGUUUAAUAUUUAAGGUAUUUACAGACGACAAUAUACAUAUAUUAACGUUUUAAAUUUUAAAAUAUUAAAAUUCGAAAAUUUUUAAUAUAUCAAUUAAUAUACAUACAUAUAUCCCAUGUGAAAACUUAACGUAGACUGGUUGACUUUUUCACCUGAGUUCAUACAAAAACCUGAUAACAUUGGAAUAAUAGCACAUAUAUGAGACAAAAAAUAAUAUGCGAAUAUUUUAUUUCAAACGUGUCCUUUGAAUUGUUAUUCCUAAAAAUAUAACCUUUGACCUAUUGAUAGAAAUAUUUCAUAUUCAUACGCUAUUCAAAGCAAUAUCUCUCUAUAUUCGAAAUGAAUUCAAACUUUAAGUUUAACAUUAUGACCUAAGUCUUUUUUAUUCUGAACCGAAUCUAUUAUUCAGCCCAAUCUCCAACAAACCGAAACUUUUAAAUUUAAAUCGAUGGAUAGAUUUUAAGAUUUUCAUUAUCUUAAAAAAAACAAAUAAUUUGUGGUGUUUACUCACUUUUGAGGCUGUGUGUAUAAUUGCAGUAUUUUCUUUAUCUGCUUUAAGUGUGUCAGUAGUAAUGAAAUAACUUUUUUCACAUCGACAAGCUGCCUGCCGAACAAGGUAUUUGCUACCAAAAUUGGAAAGCUCUUGGUGAAUCUCCCUUAAAUGCGUUAUAUAAUUGUUCUCCUGUUAUAUAAGUUCUUUCUAUUCGUUUAUAACAUUUCCACUUUCAAAUCUCAAUGGUAGCGUACUUUGAAUUUUUCAGAAAUACAUAGCUCGUUAAAAUCUCUAACCUCAAAUUUAUGAGGAUUGUUCCUGCAAAAUAUUAACUGUAUAUACGAUGUAAAAACAUCGAUUCAAAAUAUGUAUUAAACAGUCAAGAUAAUAUCAGCCCAAUAUGGAAUGUUGUACAAUAUACAGAUAAAACAGUUUUGGUUGUGAUAACCGAAUUCCAGUAGGGGUGACAAAAAUUUUUAAUUAUUUUUUCUCAACUGAAGAAGAUGUGUGAAUAUAAUCGACUCAUUCAAUUAGCUAAAAAUUUGGUCAUCAAAACGAAUCUAUUUUCUCUGUGUAGAAAAUUUCGAGGUACUGGUGAAAUAGUCAACAGCGAAGUUAAAAAAAAUCAACAUAACUUUUGAUUUCCAUUAAUACAUAUGAACAUACAUAUAUUCCAAAAUUUUAUAAACUAAAGUUCUCCAAAUACGUACAUAUGUAUCAUUAUGUCCUAAUAUCGAGAAACAAUUGGGGUAUUCAAACGGUCAACUAUUUGGUCGUAUUGUCAUAAUGUCCUAAUAUAUUAUGAUAGUUUAAACAAAUUUUUGUUGUGUUUCAAACAAAAAAGUUGUAAACUAAUAACACUAUUUGCACUAUGUUUAUUGUUAUGUCAUAAAAUAAUACUUUGUUUGUUUAAAACACUACAGCAACUAUUAUAAUAUAUUAGGACAUUAUGACAAUAUGACUAAUAGCACACCAUGUGAAUACCCCAAAUAUGUUAUAUGUUGGUUUUUAGAUGUAAAUCGAUUAUAAAUACAACAAAAUCACUGAAAUAUUAGUUGGGGCUCAAUAUGUCGAUCGAGUUACUAAAUACAUAGUUUGCACAUUUAUAAACAUUCUCCAAAUGUAUUAGACACAUAAUAUGUAUGUAAAGAAAAUGGUAGAACCUUUUUUAUUAAGUCUGAUAUAAUUAGUACUAAAACUUAUAAUUUAUUGUAAUGUGAAAUUUUAUUAAUAUCUGAAACUUAAAAACAUCACAGCUAUCAUUUAAAAAAAAAUAUCUAUUAAUAGUCAUAAAUGUUAUCGAUAAUAUAUUUUAUGCGUGUUUUAAAAGAAUAUGAAAAUGCAUGUACGUUAAAAUAUAUAAAAAAACUUAAUGGAAAAAAUAAAAAUCUAAAUAAAUAUACAUACAUACAUACAUAUAAAAAUUACAAAAGUGGAUACAUAAUUAAAAUAGAAUUAAACUAAAAAAUAAAAUACCUUUUAAAAAAAUAAAAAUAUGGUUUGCAAUCAUACUAUGAUUAAAA